AUGAGUUGUGUCAGAGAUAUUUAUUUCUGGAGACAGUGCCUAAUCCUUAUCGGAGAAUGUUUGCAUUCAGUCGGCUCGGGGUUUUUACUCAGCUUCUCUUCUGUUCUUAACCCUACUUUACUCUCGGCGAACACGACGGACAUACGAGCCACACCCGAACAGGUGUCGUCGCUUUCUGCAAGUCUCGGUGUUUCUGGCAUGCUUGGAUCCAUUAUAAUUGCGUCGUCAUUCCAAAAUAUCGGUCGCAAAAUCGUUCACAUUAGUCUAAACUUCAUCAAUACAAUUGGAUUCUUGAUUCUAUAUUUUUCACAAAAUCUGACAACUCUAUUUAUUGGAAAAAGCGUUCAAGGGUUCACUACUUGUGGCGUUACAAUGACUGUUAUAAUAGUGGCUGAAUAUUUUGAUCCGAGAAAACGAGGCUAUUUCAUGACUAUCAAGAAGGCCACCAUCUCCAUGGGCUGUUUUAUUUGCCACUCUUUGUACCUCACUUGCACUUGGAGACAAAUAGCACUUCUAGCGAUAAUACCCUAUACUUUAUCCACAAUACUUAUCCUUUUCUGGCCAGAGAGCCCAGCUUACUUGGCGAUGAAGGGAAAAUUUGAAAAAUGUACCGAGUCUCAUAUUUGGCUAUUCGGAAACUCGGAAACCAGCAAGAAAUAUUUAAAGCAACUGAAGCAAGCGCAAAUGGAAAAACAAAAGACGAAUACAGAAGAAGAAGGUAUAAUACCAGCUGCCUAUACUGUUAUAGGAGAAGUUUAUCCAUUAGAAUACAGGGGAUUGGGUUCGUUUAUAUCAGGGAUGGCUCUUUUAACUUCCUAUACAAUUAUAAUUAAAUUUAUACCCCUAAUGAUAGAUAGAGUGGGCGUGGAAGGUAUGUUCGCCAUUUUUGCGACGUGUCUCCUCCUAUGUGUUAUCGGUUUAUAUUUUAUUUUGAUUGAGACAAAGGACAAAACUCUGCAAGAAAUAGAGAACGAAAUGAAAGGUAUAAAACAGACGGAACAAAGACUUCUGAGGUCGAAUGAGGAGUGUUAA